GGGCUCACGUUUGCCAGCUAGGCGCGUUUCCUGCGCGGUGGGCAUGGCGGAGGGAGGUAGUGUUCUGGGUGGCGAAUGUGGGACCCUGAGAUCGGGGCUCCCUUUGGUGCUUGCUUGUGGUGUCGAGUAGCGCUGUGUUCACGGGGUCCGGGGACUUCUUCUCAAGUUCAUGCCCGGCUUAGGAGCGGUGUGGGGUUUCUAAACCGCCGGAGCGGAAGGGAGCCCCUCCACACUCGCGCAAAGCGGGUGCUGUUGUUUGGGGAGACGGACCGGUGACUAAGGACUCAGGCCGGCGGACCUGUCUUGCCUCUUGUAGCCCCCGUGCCUCAGAGUCGUUGUUUCUGAUCACACGGCAUCCAGGGUUUUGGGGAGGUGGAGUGGCAGCAGAUCUGAUUUGGGGGCUGGACUGACGAAAUGUAAAUCAAGAUUUGAUUUUCGAGAUGGGAAGCCCGUCAUCGGGCUCAGCCGUGAUUUCGCCCAGCACCCCCCGGGCCUGUGUCCCCCCAUCUCCACAGACGAGUAGUAGUUCAAGAAAGCAACCUAUGAGUGCAACACUGAAAGAAAGAUUAAGGAAGUCAAAGUCUUCAUUCAAUUCGUAUUACAGUGUGGUUAAACGUCUUAAAGUAGAUGAAGAGAACCAACAGGCCUUUUUGGAGAAACCAGCAUCUUUAACAGAAGCAAACUCUUUGAAAUUUGAAGAAAAUGCUAGAUGCAUGGACAAAGAAUUUGAAGAAAGCAUAGGUUUGAGUGGUACUUCAAGGACUAUCAGCCCAUGUGAAUCUAAACCAGUUGACACUGGCUCAUGUAGUGCGCUCCAAAAUGAUUUGGUGAAUGAAAAUCUUCUCAAACAAGCAUUAAGGGAAGAAAAAGCGAAACUAUUGAAACAGGUUGAGGAGAAAGAAGACCUUCUUCGGAGGCUAAAAUUAGUCAAAAUGUACAGAUCAAAGAAUGACCUGUCUCAGUUACAGUCACUAAUAAAGAAGUGGAGAAGCUGUAGCCAACUGUUGCUUUAUGAGCUACAGUCCGCUAUGUCUGAGGAGAAGAAACUCAGCCUUACUCAGUUGAUAGACCACUAUGGUUUAGAUGAUAAAUUGCUACACUAUAACAGACAUGAAGAAGAGUUUGUGGAUGUUUAAUUCUUUUUUUUUUUUUUUCCUCCAGACUGCCUUUGCUAAUGACACUAAUUAAAAGAUACUUAUACAUUUUGAAGGGGAAAUAUAAACCUUCAGCGUUUAGAGAAAGGUAUCCUCUCAUCAGCUUUAGGGCACUGUUACAUCAAUUAAGAUCAAUUAACUUUUUAAAAAUAAAUUUGCCAAGGAAAAACUGGUAAUUAAAAAAAUGAAAAAAAAACUAUUAAAAUAUUUUGGACCAUU